CUCUCACAUCACUUCCGCUCAGGCCGAAAAAUUCGUGCUCGAUUUUUUUCCCCCUUUAUUUUUAAUUUUCCUUCCCGUUGGCCGGUGGUGACGUCUCAAGGAGGUGCUGCAUCCCGGAUUAAAUAAUUUGCGAUUGAGACGUACGCGCGUGACGUCAUAGGCGGGCGCCGAUUGCUGGGGGAAAGUGGCCGGAAGCGCCUUAGGCUCGCGCGUGGCGGGCACUCCCCCCGAACCCUGCUUCCAGUUGCUGCAGAGCCAGUGCUUGGGAUGGGGGCAGCGCAUGGACUCCCAUAGCCCCCCACCUAGGAGCUGGACCUGCUCGCUGCUUCUGGGGCACAGAGUGAUGCCCCAGGACAGUCAAUCUCCCACUGCUACUAUGGAUUCUCUCUUUAAACCGGGUGUCCUCAGCGUAAUUGCAGGAGUCGCAUGUGGAGUAUGCCUGGGCUGGGGCAUUCGUGGGCGAUUCUUUAGACCAUCCAGAGCCAAAAUGCCUGUGUUUGCAAAUGAGCUAAGGAAUGAAGCCAGUAUCAUGGGAGAGUCUGGAGAAUACAAGAUGGUGCUGAUAGUCCGUAAUGACUUAAAGAUGGGAAAGGGUAAAGUAGCAGCACAGUGUUCUCAUGCUGCAGUUUCUGCCUACAAGCAAGUUCAACGAAGAAAUCCUGAGCUCCUUAAACAGUGGGAGUAUUGUGGACAGCCAAAAGUGGUUCUCAAAGCCCCUAAUGAAGAGUCGCUAGUUCAACUCCUUGUUGAUGCUAAAGAGCUGGGACUGACUGUGAGUAUAAUCCAAGAUGCAGGUCGUACUCAGAUAGCACCAGGCUCCCGGACUGUACUAGGGAUUGGACCAGGACCAGCUGAUGUAGUGGAUAAAGUUUCUGGCCAUCUCAAACUCUUCUAAGAUGGAGAACAAGCCUGAGUUUUAUUGGAGCAAUUGUAUCCUUCAGCACCAAAGUAGUAAUGGGGAUAAAAUCCAAGCUGUUUUCUGCUUUAGUAAAAAUAAAAAGUAUGUCUAUCUUUAGACCUUUUCUUGCCUAGUAUGGUCACUUUGUUUCUGUUUAAAUAUCUAACUGCUGGGAUCAGCACAAUGAAUUGCAAAGGAAGAGCAAUCCUAAAAUUCUCCUUUGGAGGGAGCGGAACACAAAUCCUGGACCAAACAGAGGGCACCUAAAUGCCUGAGACCUAAAAUGGUGCCUUUGAGGAGACUGCAGAAGUGCAGUAGCCCUGGAACUGUAACAUAGCUUACUUUUACAACCUUAAAUACCACCUUUGUACUGCAACCAUUUCAGCCAUCUCUAGCAUGAAACACAACUGUUAAAUAGCAUGCAACAACUCUAAGACAGAAAGGGAAGAAUCCAGUAUCCAACAGAAUUUGCAGGGGAAAUGGUAGGUGGGUAAGAUGUCACUGCCCACGCUGAAAGAGCAAGCCUAACCCCACUAUUCUUUGGAAGAGUGCCAAGCAGUGUUGGAGGGUGGUAACUCAUUAGGAGCUUGACUUGAAGCUCAGCAAACCAGAAUGAAGAACAGUUCUGAGACCAAUUCAGCAGAGUUUGUUUCCUUUGCCACUAAGGUACUUAAACAGUCAGAUUCUCUUCCCAGUUCCACAUACAAGGCAGCUGAAAAAAGGAUAGGUUCUAAUUUCCUUGGAGACUAGCAUGUUGGAACAAGUAUGAGGUCACUGAUUCCUUCCCUCCCCAUCCAAUAUCUGGGUGUUGUGUUUUAGCUUGCGCUGUGCCACCAGGGCUAACUGCAAAUUAAAUGUUUUAGAAGAAUAUCUGGAAAAUAGCUCCCUUAAUAGUUUGAGGCAUGCACUUGGGGAGAUGAAAUAACAGUAGAGCUCUGAAACCAUAACUGUGACCACAUUAGCAACUGUCUCUACAUGAAACAUUUAUGCAAUAAAUCAACUGAUGCAACAUCAUGUAAUCAAAUAAGACUGAAGCUCAACUCCAAUUGCAGUGUUCUAUCCUUGCCUUUAAGAAAAUAGUGAAAAGCAACAGGUGGCCCUUGGUGUAGGGUGCAAGCCAUGUUAUUGCACUACCCCCUGCUGGUUGGCUUGUGUAAUGGUACUCUGAGUGAAAGGAAAUUGGAACACUGCCAGCUAGGAUAAGCC